CGCAAUAUAUAAGUGAUCGGGUUCGAUUUUAAUAAACAGAACUUAAACAUCAUCUAGAAGAAGAAGAUUGCAAUAACUAUUAUAUUGUUUACAAUUGGAAUGGUGUUAGAAGCUAUUACUCCUGAAAUGCAGGGAAUUAAAGUUACGGUGGUGGGUGAUGGCGCUGUGGGUAAGAGUUGUCUUCUCAUAUCCUAUACCACUGGAAGUUUCCCUGGUGAAUAUGUACCAACUGUGUUUGACAAUUACUCUAGCAGUAUCAUGGUGGAUGGUAAACCUGUCUGUGUAACGUUCUUUGACACGGCUGGCCAGGAAGAUUAUGAUCGACUUCGACCCUUGUCCUACCCCCAAACAGACGUUUUUCUAAUCUGCUAUUCAGUAGUAAACUCAAAUUCCUUGGCUAACAUAAAAGAAAAAUGGUUGCCGGAGGUGAAUCACUAUUGUCCAGGCGUACCAGUGGCUAUGAUAGCUUGUAAAACAGAUUUACGAGGUCAAGGGAGCCAUUGUGUAACAGAUGAAGAAGGCAAAAAAUUAGCCAAGGAAUUGGGUCUACCUAUAUUUUUCACCAGUGCUCUAACACAAAAUGGUUUAAAGGAAUCUCUAAAUAAUUGUUUUAAAUUGGGAACAGAAUAUGUAUCUUAUUCUAAAUCCAAAAGCAGGGUGAAAGGAUUAUUCUCUAGAAACAAGAAAGCUGCAGAUAUACCCCAGCCACCAGUUAUGCCACCUGCUGGAUUGGCUCCCAGUACAGAAAUUGCCACCUCAGUAUAUGCAGAUGACCUCUACGAAAUGUUUAAAGAUGCCAAGUGUACAGACGUGGAAUUUAUUGUUGAGGAACAGCACAGAAUCCAGGCACAUAAAUUGAUAUUGUGUUCAGCGUCUGUAGUAUUUUCAAAAAUACUUGGUGUAUCUUCAGCUAUUGAGAAUGACCAAAUGAAAGUGAUAAACAAUAUAGAAAAUUAUACCAUGAAAGAUUUAAACAUGGGAACUGUGCCAGGUAUAGCUGGAGCUGAUUGGAAGGAACGCAAGGAGACUGAAUCAUCAUUACUCACUAUAGAAAUCAGCCCUGACAUAAAAGCUGAAACAUUCUUACGUGUUAUGGAAUUUCUAUAUACUGGAUUACCAAGAAUUCCAGAAGCUUAUCCCGAAUCUAAUCUACACGAGCUAAUACGAGUUGCUAAAAUAUUUGAAUUGAACCAGUUAGAAACUGUGUGUGUAAAUUAUGGAAACGAAGAAGAAUUCCUUAAUCCCAGUAUUGGUACUUUUCUGAAUGACGAAACGGCUGGUAAAAUAAAGAAACUCUUCCUUAAUAAGCUUUGUGACUCUAACGUUACGUUUGAUGUCAGUGGGACAAAACUCUAUGCUCACAAAUCCAUACUGGCAAAACGAAGUCAAGUUUUAAACGCCAUGCUUUGUGGUCAUUUCACAGAAUCCAGUUCUGAAAAUUCGCAGGUAUCUAUACAUGGCACAUCUCCAGAAUUAUUCUUGGCACUUUUAGAAUAUCUCUACACUGAUCACGCACCAAUAGAAGACGUUGAUUCCGUGGGACUACUUGUUUUAGCGGAUGAAUACGAUGUACCUAGAUUGGUAAAUCUUUGCGAGCUGUAUAUAACAAAAGCAGUAGAUAGGAGUUGUGCACAAAGUAUAGAAAAUAUGGAUAUAGAUGUGGUUUCUCUUCUUCAUACGGCACAGCUUCACAAUGCAGACCAAUUGGCUAAAUUUUGCCUCCAUUUCAUAGCCUCGAACUAUCUGGUUUUCAAAGUCCGGGAAGAAUUUUCACAAUUAAAAGGUGACAAUCUAGACUUCGUUACAACUAACCAAUGGCCACCAUUGUCUUAUUUGGCGGAAGUAGAAGAAUACGAACUGAAGAUGAAGAAAAGGGGAGAGAAGUGUAGCAUCAUGUGAGAAUCAUAAACAAUAAAGAUACACUUAAGUGUCAAGAAAUUUCUGUGAUCACAAACAUAAUGCUCAAGUAAACAUGAUAUGUGAUUUGUGAUGUCGCUAUUUACAGCUAAUUUUUUGCCAUCUUCCGGCUGAUUGUUUUGUGAAGCUGAUCACAUCUUUUAGUGAUAUUACUAUUUUUAUGUUAAACUUACAUGUGAACUGACGGUCCUAAACAGAAGCAGCAUAACGAUGCUUCUCUCUCAAGCAAUGGCGGAUUCAGUAAUUGUGGUGGUCUGGUCAAAGCAAUAUGCUUGAGGGCCAGUGUUAAAAGUUGAAAUACCCCCAAUUCAUUUACAGUGCAUUACCCAGGUUUAUGUACUAUUAAAUAAACAAUGAAAAAUAAUUUAUAGAUUAGAUACAUAUAUAGCUGCGGGAAGAAAUGGAAGAACUUUUUGAUUUACAACAUGGUGCCGCACAUAACAGAACUAGUAUUGUAUCCAUACGGGAUACAAGAACCUAAACAUAGAACGGAUGACACGUGAUUACAGCACUUACAAUCUAAAAUGUUCACAAACGUCAAUUU